AUGGAAUACAGUACUCUGGGACGAACCGGACUGCGUGUUUCGCGCGCGGGCUUCGGCGGCGGGGGCAUCGGGCAGGUCUGGGGGCCUACCACAGAAGAGGCGGCGAUCCACUCGGUUCAUCGCGCCCUGGAACUGGGCAUCACCUUCUUCGACGUCGCUCCCGCCUACGGGGACGGCACGGCUGAGGAAGCCCUCGGCAGGGCGCUGGUGGGCCGUUCCGAGGAGGUCUUCGUUGCAACCAAGGUCCGGCUGCGCGCCGACGAGAUGGACGAUGUCUCCGGAGCCGUCCGCCGCUCUGUGGACGCCAGCCUCUCCCGGUUGCGUCGCGACUCCGUCGAUGUGCUCCACGUCCACAACCGUUUCACCGAGCGACGCGGCGAGGUGCUCCAUUCCCUGUCAGGCGACGAUGUACUCGGCCCGGUGCUUGACGCCUACAAGGAGAUGCAGGCGGCAGGCAAGACCCGCUUCAUCGGCCUCUCCGCCAUGGAUCACCACGUGCCCACCAUGCACCGUUUGAUCAACAGCGGUGAGUACGAUACCGUCCUUGCCUACUACAACUUGCUCAACACCACCGCACAGCUGCCGAAGCCCCCGGGAGCGGAGGUGUUCGACAACGGUCAGAUCAUCCCCUUGGCCAGGAGCCAGGGAAUGGGAAUCAUCGGCAUCCGCUCACACGCUGCCGGAGCCCUGACGCCCGCACUCGAUAGGCCCCCCGCGCCAGGCGACGCCCUUAUGGAAGCCGACCUGCGCAAGGCCGCGUUGCUGGACUUCCUCCUGGAAGGUCCCAUCGAAACGCUGUCCCAGGCCGCCAUGGUAUUCAGCGUUAUGAACAGGGACAUCGAUACCACCGUUCCAGGCGUCAAGAACGCCGCUGAGGCCGAGGAAACCGCCCACUGCGCUGACCAGCCGCCCAUUCCCGAAGCUCGCCUUCAGCACAUGCGGGAGUUGUACGAACGCGACUUCUGCUAA